AAAUCUGAAGUUUGACUUAGUUCCCCCUUGCUUGUUCCUUCCUUUUGUUUUUGUUAAUUUCAUAAAACUUCAGACUUUUUCUCUUCUUCACCUUUAAUUAAUGAUUUUUUUUGAUCUUUUCCUCAGAAACCCUUCUAUAUCAAGUUUCAAACUUUGAUUUCUUCACCCUAAAAACAUAACAAACAAUAAAAUCCCCUUCUUCACACUUUAUCCCUAUUUUUGUUAAAUUCUGAUCCAAAGUUUGAUUUUUAUAUCAUUAUAGUUACAAAUCUGCAUAAUGUUGUUGAAAUUCUGAUCUGGGUUUCUUCCAUUUUAUCAUCUUCACUGAAAAGUUUGAAGCUUUAGUCUUUUACCUUAUAAAAAUCUCAUAUUUUUUCCUUUUUGUUCUUGUGUUACAAUCAUGGGUGGUUGUUUGAGUAAAAAAGGGUCAGAGGUAGAACACAUUGGUCAUUCACAUGUUGGUGUUUCUGCUAUGCAAAAUCAAAAUCAAAAUCAAAAUCAAAAUCAAAAUCACAAUCACAAUCAAAAUCAGAAUCAAAAUCAGAAUCAAAAUCACAAUCACAAUCAGAAUCAAAAUCACAAUCACCAUGAACCCUUUGUGAAUCAAUCAAAAGCCCCUUCAAAUCAACCACACCAAUUACCUGAAAAACAAGUCAAAAAACCAAUUGUUCAAAGGCCAUCAGAUUCAAACACAAUUCUUGGCAAGAAUUUUGAAGAUGUGAAGCAAAUUUACACACUUGGUAAAGAAUUAGGGAGAGGACAAUUUGGUGUGACUUAUCUUUGCACUGAGAAUUCAACUGGUUUGAAAUAUGCUUGCAAAUCAAUUUCAAAGAGGAAACUUGUUAGUAAAGCUGAUAAAGAAGAUAUAAAGAGAGAGAAUCAAAUCAUGCAACAUAUGAGUGGACAACCAAACAUUGUUGAGUUUAAAGGUUCUUAUGAGGAUAAGAAUUCAGUUCAUGUUGUUAUGGAACUUUGUGCUGGUGGUGAACUUUUUGAUAGAAUUAUUGCUAAAGGACAUUAUAGUGAAAGAGCUGCAGCUUCUAUAUGUAGACAGAUUGUUAAUGUUGUUCAUAUUUGUCAUUUUAUGGGUGUCAUGCAUAGAGAUCUUAAGCCUGAAAAUUUCUUGUUGUCUAGUAAGGAUGAUAAGGCAACUAUUAAAGCCACUGAUUUCGGCUUGUCGGUUUUCAUCGAAGAAGGAAAGGUAUACCGAGACAUAGUUGGUAGUGCUUAUUACGUUGCGCCAGAAGUUCUACGUCGUAGAUAUGGGAAAGAAAUAGAUAUAUGGAGUGCAGGAGUUAUAUUGUAUAUCUUACUUUGUGGUGUGCCUCCAUUUUGGGCAGAGACGGAAAAGGGAAUAUUCGAUGCCAUAUUGCUAGGUGAUAUUGAUUUUGACAGUCAUCCUUGGCCAAGCAUAUCGCAUGGUGCGAAGGACCUUGUUCGUAAGAUGCUUAUACAAGAUCCAAAGAAACGCAUCACUGCUGCUCAGGUUCUAGAGCAUCCAUGGCUUAAAGAAGGUGGAAAUGCUUCUGACAAACCAAUAGACAGUGCAGUCCUUUCGAGAAUGAAGCAAUUCCGAGCAAUGAAUAAACUAAAAAAACUCGCCCUCAAGGUCAUUGCUGAAAACCUUUCUUCAGAAGAGAUUCAAGGUUUGAAGGCAAUGUUUACAAACAUGGACACUGACAAAAGUGGUACAAUCACAUAUGAGGAAUUGAGGGCGGGAUUGCAAAGACUCGGCUCGAAGCUUACCGAAGCUGAAGUGCAGCAGCUUAUGGAUGCUGCUGAUGUAGAUGGAAAUGGAACAAUUGAUUACAUAGAAUUCAUCACUGCUACAAUGCAUAGACACAGGUUAGAAAGAGAUGACCAUCUUUACAAGGCCUUCCAAUAUUUUGAUAGAGACAACAGUGGUUUUAUUACAAGAGAUGAACUGGAAACAGCCAUGAAGGAAUAUGGUAUGGGCGACGAAGACACAAUCCGGGAAAUUAUAUCCGACGUUGAUAAAGACAAUGAUGGUAGAAUUAACUAUGAAGAAUUUUGUGCAAUGAUGAGGAGUGGAGUCCAACAACAAGGCAAGCUAUUCUAAACAAAUCACACAAUAUAUGUCACUAGUUUGAGUCUCCUAUACAGCCAAUACCAGCAUGUGAAAAAAGGCUUAAACUUCUUUAGUUUAUGAGAACAGAUUUCAAAAGUUUUAUACAUCAUAUCAUAGCC